AUGGAGAGGAAGCACAUGGGCAUGAAUGACAUCCUCCCUCCGGAGCUCAUUCACCGAAUUCUUCUAAGGGUACCCGCCGGAGACCUGUUUCGCCUCAGAUUCAUUUCAAAACUUUGGCACUCUCUCAUAUCCCAUCCAGACUUUGCGGAAUCACAUUACGACCUCAACUCUGCCACAUCUUCCCAUUCGCACUUCUUCUUGCUAAAAAACUGUACUAAUGCUUGGUGUGUUCAGCUCGACACGGUAUUUGAUGUUCCAACACACAAAGAGGUAUCUCUCCCUUCCAGGAAGAUGCCAUCAUUGUCAUGUUCUCUUUUUCGUACCAUGGGAUCCUGCAGAGGCUUUGUUCUCUUAGACAAAAAACUAGAUUUUCUUGUUAUAUGGAACCCAUUGACUGGAUCCAGCAAAACAAUAUCUUACUCUCAUAUUAAGGUCCCGCGCUAUGAUUUAAUUCGAUAUGGAUUUGGUUUCGAUGCAUCACGAGAUGACUAUUUAAUAGUUCUAUCUUGGCACGAUGACUACAACCAACACCGCUUAGUUUGCUUUUCGUUGAGAACCAAUUCAUGGAUUAAUCUCGAUGCAUCACUCCCCAAAUACAUGACUAGCUGGAAGCAUCAACUUUUUGGGUGGUUCUUACAUGGCGCUAUUCAUUGGUUGUGUUACUCUAGAAAUUACAUUGAUGAUGGUAUUCUUAUCUUUGAUUUGAAGGAAAGGAGUUUCUCCAAGAUAUCUAUGCCACAACAACUCGUAGGGGAUUAUCCCAUCACUUUCAUUCUCAUCAUAUUAGGAGGGUGCCUAGCCUUGUAUUUGUAUGACGAUGAAAACAAUAAAACUAAGAUAUGGGUUAUGAAAGAAUAUAAAGUGCCGUCAUCUUGGAUUUUAUAUGACAUUCCUUAUGGUUAA